UAAUAAUGAGGAUCAAUCCUUCUCCUUUAUCUAUAUAUUAACUCUCAAAAACCUUUGUAAGUAGCUCUGCAGUUUCUUCAUUUCCUCACUCUAACCCUCUCUUCUUCUUCUGAACCAUGGCUGAAAACCUAAGAAUCAUAGUUGAAAAGAAUCCAUCCGAGUCCAAACUGACUGAGUUAAACAUCAAGUGCUGGCCCAAAUGGGGAUGCUCUCCAGGAAGAUAUCAGCUAAAGUUUGAUGCAGAAGAGACAUGCUAUUUUUUGAAAGGGAAAGUGAAAGUAUACCCAAAAGGGUCAUCGGAAUUUGUGGAGUUUGGCGCCGGAGAUCUUGUCACCAUUCCUAAAGGACUCAGUUGCACUUGGGAUGUUUCUGUUGCUGUUGAUAAAUACUACAAAUUUGAGUCUUCUUCUUCGCUGCCGCCGCCGCCACCGCCACCUUCUUCUUCCUCCUCCUCCUCUUCGUAGUUAGUUCAUGGCUAACUUUUAGCUGUAGCUAGUGUUCUUAUCAAUCUUGAUUUUAAUCUCUAUUAAUCAAUAUAUUCUUUGGAAUUUGAUUAUAGAAAGAGAGCUCCAUUAUUUAUUUUUUAUUUUUUCUGAUCG